GCAGAUUGGCGGCAGCAAAGCAACACGCGCCUCGAUCCUCCUCGCCCCUCCGGCCUCUCCUCCCCUCCCUGCACCCGCACCUGCGGAGAGCGCCGCAAGCUAGCUGCAGAGGAGCGAGACAGUAGCAGGAGGAGGACGAGAGGAAGAAGAGAUGGCGGGCUGUGAUGGAGCCAAGUCGUCGGCGUCCAUGGAGGAAGAGGCAUGCGCGGAGAAGAAGUACGGAGGGAUCGCACCCAAGAAGCCCUUGAUAUCCAAGGACCACGAGCGCGCCUACUUCGAUUCUGCGGACUGGGUGCUGGGCAAGCAAGCCGCGAACAGCAGCAGCAGCACGAGGACCGCAGCCGCGGUCGAGUCUCUGAAGCCCAAGCUGAAGAGAACGCCGCACCACCAGCUGCCGCCUCGUAAGCCCACCUGCGCUUCCAGUUGAGACGCAUGGCCACGCGUCGCAGCUGCUGGAGGAGGAGCUCGGUCAGAGUCAAGGACUGAGGAUGCCGACGAGCUCGAGCUCGGAUAAAUGUUUUAGCUGGUCCGGAAUCGUAGGGACGACGACGAGCCAGAAAGAUCCGAAUCCGAGAUGCCGUCUGGCUUCUUGGCGAGCAGCGCCUGUUAUUGUGUGCCAUAAAGAACGGAUCAAUUAAUUAUCAAUUGUCUGGC